AUGAACACUCACUCUACAAAGGUCUCCUGGGCCGCCGUGACGCUGCUGCUGCUGCUACUGAUGCCGCCCGCGCUGCUGUCGCCGGGGGCAGACGCGCAGCCCCUACCCGACUGCUGCCGUCAGAAGACGUGUUCCUGCCGCCUCUACGAGCUGCUGCACGGCGCGGGCAAUCACGCGGCAGGCAUCCUCACCCUGGGCAAGAGGCGGCCAGGCCCCCCAGGCCUCCAGGGCCGGCUGCAGCGCCUCCUGCAGGCCAACGGCAACCACGCGGCCGGCAUCCUGACCAUGGGCCGCCGCGCAGGCGCAGAGCCAGCGCCACGCCCCUGCCCCGGGCGCCGUUGUUCCGCUGCGGGCGCCGCCUCUGUAGCUCCUGGGGGACAGCCUGUGGUCUGAACCCAUGCUCAGACUAUGUCCUGGCCCUGCCCUCUCUCCUCUGCCCGCCCGCGGUCAAACCCCAGAAAAAAAGUGCAAUAAAGACGAGUC